AUUCCUCAUUUUGAAGUUGUGCCUGUGGCAAAAGAUGCCAAAGGCAAAAAUCUUGUUGGGGUGUGCAAUGUGAAAGUGAUGAACAAACCCAUUUGCCGUCCGGAUCAGAAGAAAAUCUACGGUGUAGCGCGUAAUGAGGCCGCUGAGAUUUUAUGUGAGGUUGAUGCAUUUCCACCGCCGGAAAACUUCAAAUGGUCCUUCAAUAACACAGCAGAGACAUUUGAUAUGCCGCAAAGUGGUUUCCGUGCACAUUCAGCGCAGGGAUCGACAUUGACCUACACGCCGGUCAAGGAAAUGGAUUUCGGCACCAUAAUGUGCUGGGCGGAUAAUAACGUUGGUCAGCAAAAAGAGCCAUGCGUUUUUCAUCUAAUCGCCGCUGGCAAGCCAGAAAUGCCAGCCAAUUGUACAAUGUUCAAUCAAACAUCGGAUUCGUUGGAAGUUUUUUGUGUUGAAGGUUUCGAUGGUGGCUUACGUCAAUGGUUUCUCAUGGAAAUAUUCGAUCAACACACUGGCCAGCUGCAAGCAAAUAUCUCCUCAAAAUAUCCAGUAUUGAGUGUAACCGGCCUAGAUUCGGGUCGCCUCUUUCGUAUAUUUGUUUAUGCAGUGAAUUUGCGCGGACGCAGUGAAGCGGUGCAGGUGGAAGGUUACACGCUGAAAGCGGCCGAAAAGCAAACAGUCGCACUGACAUCCUACAAGGGUACCCAAUCGAGCUUCGAACUCACACCCAUACUCUCGGUCGGCAUCUUCGUUGGCAUAUUGGUUGCUUUGGUUUGCAUUGCCAUCGGAACAAUUGCCGCAUUGAAGUUACGUACACACAAACAACAACAAAAAUAUCAACAUCAAAAUGCGAAAUUCUCACGACCUGGCAAUUUACAAAUUAAGGAUAAAAUCUCAUUGCCAUUAAGUCAUUCGGAGGAGAUGUACGACGAGAAGAAUCCUGAUGUGGUGCCGUAUAAUGAAGUCGAUGGUGAAUACAAACAGAAAUCAGCAACACAAACACCAUCCGGCCAUCUGUCCACAACCAGUGAAGCGGAAAUCAGCUGUAAGCCAUCGACAGACGAGCUUGGCAUGUACCAAAGCAAUAAGGACGACGAGCUACACUACGCAGAGCUCUCACUUGCACCCGGCAGCGUUGCCGUUGGCGGCGCCAGCUCCACUAGUAUGCCCAAAAAAUCGAUUUCUGUCGAUUGCAGCAGCAGCAUGUUGCUGCAGGGCGCUGGCAUAAAUACGAACAACAUGUCCGUGCCAAUCGGUGGCACACUGCCGCAUGGCUCCAGCGUACGCAAAUUGCUACCCAGCAUACCAGCCAAUGCCGGUGCGAGCACAUUACAACGCCAUAAGCCACAAGCGGCAGCGCAACAGCCACCGCCACCUUCCUAUGACUACUUCGAAGAGCCAACGAUAUACGCGCAAAUCGAUCAUUACAAAACAACAACGGCGACGGCAACAGCGGCAAAUGCCGGCAGCAAUGGUGGCUGUUCCUCUUCCGCCUCAGUGUCGCCAUUCCCGCCUUGUAUCUCAUCGCCUGCCUCGCAGGGUACGCCAUCAACGGUUUCGCCCGGCACAGUGCAGAUGUAUACCUUGCCCUCACAUCCUGGCGGCUAUCAUACGCUGCCACACAACCAUCAUCAUCAGCAGCAGCAGCAACAGCAACAGCAACUGGCGCAUCAGCAACAAUCGCAUCAACAACAACAAACGCACAAUACAUCCGCCUCAUCUAUGCUGCAAAUGAUGGCGGCGGCAGCAGUUGUUCAAGGUAGCACUGGCAGUGUUUAUCAUCAUCAUGGUACGCUGCCAAUGCCACCAACAUAUCAACAACAUCAGCAGCAGCAACAGCUGCAACAACAGCAAGCCACCGGUCAAAUGCUGGUAUCGAGCAAUAGCAGCGGUCUCGGUUCGGCUACGACGACUGCGGCAGUGACGAGUCCGAGCAGCUCGUUGUCGGGGCUCUCGGCCAUCGGGAAAUCGUAUUCGCGUGAAAUUGUGACGGUGCGAACGCCAUUGAUGUACUCGCAGCAGGAGAGUUGCGUUUAAGGGUUUGAGAAAUAUAAGUAUAAACGGUAUUUAGUUGUAGUAGUGUAGGUUAUGAGAUAGGGGGUGGGGGUAAGGGUGGAGGCGCAAUAUGCAUAGCUAUGACUUUUUAAAUCAAAUGGGGGCUAUGGGUUGGGGAUAAUUUGAAAGAUUUCGAGCGUAUUUUUGUUGAUUUAGUAUUUUAAGAUUUAUAUAUUUUAUCUAUGCGUCAUACUAAUUCAUCGUAUAUUUUCAAAUAUUUUAUAAUCAGGGUCAGCUCUAACCA